AUGGCGGCGCAGACGAACGAUAAGCCGCCGGCCACACACGGUAUACAGUGUGCGCGCAGCUCCUCCCCAUUCCAAAGUAGCCGCGACUCCCGACCGCCUCUCACCGGACAACCAUUAUAGUCAGUGGCUCGAAAUCUGAUUCCAGAGGUCGCUCGCCUUCACAUGUCACCAAUUCUUGCGUUAUUAGUGGUUUGCGUACCGUCGGUACUCGCACAAACUUUCAAUCAGACUCACCUCGGGUUUCCUGAAGCGUGGGAUGGAGAUAAGUAUAGAGAGUUAUACUGCCCCAGCAAAAACAUUCCCAAAUGGCUUGGUAAGUUAUUUUUUCACUGUGUUUCGCCUUAGUUUUCAUUUUUUUAUCUUAAGACGGUUACUUCCUCUGUCAAUUGUCUGCUUCCUACGGUAACUCGUCCGCUCCAGAGGGUGAGAAGCUCAAUCACAUGAUUGACGCCAUCGGUGCUGUUGGAUCUUUCCAUGUCAGCAACGGACAGGUACUACUUUCCUUCUGUUCUUCUCUUUUUCCUAGUUUUUCUCAUUCUGUAGGUUGUCUUCUCUGCCCAGUACUACCCAGCUCGUCCGUAUAAGAUCUGGGAGUUUUAUGACCGUAACAUGAGCAAGGCCAGCGUCCCAUGGGCUGGAUGGUCCGACUACAAUCUGACGGCCAUGUCGAGAUGGGAACAAGUGCCCGCAAAUCCGGACUCUGCUCGUUUCCACCCAAACCUUGACUUCUGGAAGGUCGGAAACAGAAUCAUCGCUGGAACUGAGGCACCAUACUGGGUUGGAUACGAGUUUGACGUGAGUUGACUAAAAAUGAUUGAUAGUCACAAUGAUGUUUAGGUUCGCACCUUGCAAAAAUUCAAGUUGUUCCCAUUCAAAGAGGAAAAUGACAUUUUCUCGACGCCAAGACACACAAUGAUCCCCAUCUCCAUGGCAAUUCACGAACGUAACGAUGCCGACGGCACCAUCUGGGGAUCCUUCUCUGCCAUGAACUUCGAGGAGCAGCGGUUCUUCCAAGUAUGUUCAGUUUUUUGUAUCGAACUGUGUGUGUUGGUGUUGAUUGUUGACCUGUUAAAUCGGUUGGGCCUCACAAAUUGAGCCCGAUGAGUACCCACGUUGUGACAUUGUCGGUAGCCAGGAAUCUUGCACAAACGGUAGGCGUGCUCACGGCGCGCAAAUCCAUUGACGGGUCAACAUUCCCAAACACACACAAAUGGAAUAAGUUGAAGUGUAAACAAAUCGAGACCGACGAAGACGUGAAUCAAAUUCUAUAUCUAUUUCGGUGUCAAAUUGCUUUCCCUAGCUGUUUAGACCAACAUUAGAGAGAGAAAGAAUGAGCACGCUAACAAAAAACAGCUCUGAAGUGUUUCAUUUUUACCCAAAACGGUUUUUGCGAAAGCGCGAAAAGUGUGUCCAUCGGACAGCCGCCGCUUCAGGUUACAAUUUGUUAACCUCUUGGUAAACAAAUGUAGCGGGGCCAAAGUGGACACUGGUUGGAGAGCCGGUAACGUGUCAAUAAACACUCAGGGCCGGCGAGGUGUGAACUCGUCCAAAAAAAGCUUCUUGUUCUUUACAGGGAAUCUUCACCGUCGACACAAAUGGAGUCCGCCGAGUGGUUGGAUUGUAUGACUAUGGAGUGUGGGACACGAACGCUUGCGGAAGCAAUGACGAGUACAUCGGUAAUAGGAGAAAAAACAAAGAGUCGAAGAAAAAGUUAACUUUAGGCGACAAGACACUUCUUCCGGGAUACAUCCACUCGAUCACCUCCACCGAGAACUUCAUCAUCCUUCCAAUUACUUCUCUGCUUAUCAAUCCAUGCAAGUUCAAAGAACCACCAUUGAACAAUGUUCGAUCUGCCAUUCAAAAGGGAGGACUGUGGGGAAUGGACUUCUACGACAUGGUCCCAAUGAGGUUCUUCCUUUGAAUCUUGAACAGAUUGUAUUUUCUUAUUUUUAGAUUCCUGAUUUUCAACAAGAAGACCCUCGAGUUCACGACACCAAAGCCAUUGGAAGUGUUCCCAUCCAUGUUUGUCACUCAUCAGUUGAAUGCCUUUGAAGCGGAUGACGGAAACUUGGUCGCUGAUAUGGUUGUCUAUGACUCUCAUGACCCAUACGUCAAGUACUUCUACACUGACUUCCUCACCAAGCAACUCUACCCCAGCACCGCUCGAGUUCUCCGUUUCACCCUUGACAGCAAAAAGCAACGUGUCAUGUACAACUACCUCGUCCCACAAGAAACCAUUGCCGCCGAUUUCCCGCAAUUCAACCACGGAUACGAGCAGAAGGCCUACCAAUGGGGAUACUUGGUCCAACAUCCGUUCGCUUCUGGAAACAGCAUCAUUAAGAUCAAUGUUGACGAGCCAGCUGGACACCGAAACUUGGAAUUCCGUGCCGAGUCGAGUUUGGUGCUUCAUGAGCCAUGGUUCGUGCAAAAGCCGGAUACCAAGAAGGAAGAUGAGGGCGUUCUUUUGGUUCGUGGUCUGGAUACAGCUGAAAACAAAGGUAAUCGGAAUGAACGGAGCAAUCGCAAACAUUCCAAUUUCAAUGUUUACAGGAGUUCUCAUUGUGAUCGACGCUGAGAAGAUGACCGAGUUGGGAAGAGCCUACGUUCCAAUUUCCAUUCCGUUCGGGUUCCACAACAGGUACCAAAUAGAGAUAGAACACUGACGAAUCACUGUCACAUUUCAGAUUCUUCUCAAAGAAAGAUCUCGGGCUUCCAGAAGGAUUCCAGGUCGGUCAAAGCCAGUACAGACCAAUUGAAAAGAAGGUUUCCCACUUCUAUCUAACCUAUUUCCUAUCCCUAAUAUUCUCGUUUACAGCAAGGUUUUGCCACCCUUCCUUUGAGAAAGGUGUCUACCGUUCCACCGACUUCUUCCACCGCCUCUUCCACAAGUACUACCACUACCACCACUCCACGACCGACCACGACCAUAACUAUUCCAACAACUACCACCUCAACAACUACCACAACCACAACACCAAAGCCCACGACCACCACGUCGACUACGACAUCGACAACUACCACCACCACCACCACAACUACUCCGGAACCAACUACUACGACCGUCAAGUCUGUCGCAUCCGAGAAACCAGUCACUCUGACCACACAAACCUGGACUGCUCCUCCAACUACAACUACCAAAAGAACAACUCGUAAGUAGACAGUGCAUUGUUCUCUUUCUUUUCAUCUGGUUCACUUUCAGCGGCAACAGUUGCUACUACAACUCCAAAGAUUCCACGUUGGUGGCCAUUGGCGGGUUCUGGCAGCACUGAGCAGCCAUGGUGGCAGAAGGUUCAGACCGGGCAGAACACCCUCCCUCCGCUAUUCCCAGUUGCAAAGAGAGUCGAAGAAAAGCAAGAGAAAGUAACGGUAAGAAUCAAAUUCUGAGAUUUUAUAUUCACUUGCAAUAUUUUACUUUUACUUUUAGGUGAAACCGAACGAGAACGAGAACAAGAUUCCGGAGCAGAAACCGCUCACUGGAACCGGGUCUAUGGAUGAGAUCUACGAACAGACGCUCGGAGCCCUUUGCUCUUGGCUCCCAAAAGUUUUCACUUCGAUCUCGAACGAAUUGUGCUGGAAACAGGGAAAGACCGCGGCUAAGUAAGACAGCAAACAUAUCCCCUUGCAUAUUCACACAUUGUUCGCACAACGUUUGCACAAAAAUCCGAGCAAAAUCCGCUAUAUAUUCAGUUCUAAAAGUCAAAGCUUCCCAUGUCCGUUCAAUACGCGCUUCAAAUCCGUUUUCGUCCGCCAACAUCGCUUCCAAAUCCUUGACUUUUUAUGUCCUAAAUGUGAAUUCCUCUAACUGCACACAGGUGAAAAAUGUGACAAGAAGCCGGAACACGUUAGAAAAGCGGUUUUUUGUCACAUAGUUCGCCUGUCCCUUCCCCCACGAUAAAAGAACACGAAGCCCCUCUCCUUUUAGACAACAUUACAGAUGGAUGGCCCCAUUAGCGCAAACGUACGCCGAACGAUUCCGAAUGGGCCGUGCGAACCGAAAGGUUUCCCCUAACGACACGCCGAAUGUGCAACCAACUCUCAAGCAGAUGGCCUUCGAUGAGCAACAAGCCGAGCCCAUCCGAUUCGGUUAA